AUGAUUUUAGCAGCAGCACUGGAUAUUUCCACUAAAGAGGUGAUUGGUGUGGCACCCCGCGAAAUAUGGGAAAUGCUACGAGAACGACAUAGCACCCGAGCUAUUACGAUAUGUGAUGCCCGUCAGUUGUUAACGGUAAUUCGUGCGCUUUUCUUCCUGGCUUGUACCGCUGGAGAAGCUCACAUAACCUUUUGGAAAGAGUGGACCUCUUCCAUAAUCACAGCACAGGAUGUAAUAGCUGCCUUAGCAAAGCACAAAGCUGAUCAAGAUCAGGAAACUAUCCCCGAAACCCUUGCUGAUGAAGCCAUAGAUCAGGAGUUUAGGGUAUGUUCUAUAGGUAGCAGUGAAUCUGAGAUAGAUAUAUUUAAGAGUCAUGAGUAAGA